AUGAUCGGUCCAUCGUCGUCGGGCUCGAGCUCCACCGGUGGCCAGCAUCCCCGGCAUCGAGCCCUCCUCGACGAGCUCGACAUCGAGAGUAUCUGCGACGAGGUGUGCGGACACCACCAUCACAACCAACAGAGAUCCCAGACCACCAGCACCGCGGCUCCCAACAAACGGCCCCGGUUGCUCCCCGAUUUCCAAUUGCUCGAUCAUCACGAGGUGCUCGGGCUACCCUGCGCCGACGAGGUUUUCGCCCCUUACUUCGACUCCCCGGAGUUGCACCACCAGGAACAACUCCAACAGAUCCUUGGGGAGUACUCCGAGGCUCCUGUGGCCAAGUUGGAGGUCCUCGUUGUCGAUGGCACCUGGGAUGACGCGCUCGACAGCUUCGAGGCCGUUCCGGCGCCAACGCAGCUCUGCAGCACCGGCGCACCGACGGACCCGAGCUUGCAAGCUCCCCAGCACCACGAAGCCGGUAUUCCCAGCCUCGAGGCCGUGAGCUACGGUAUCGAGCACAGCACCACGGACUACUGGGGCGAGAAUCAGCCACCGGUGGCCCAUCAUCACCACCAGCAGAGCGGGACCAGCCUGCUCCGGCAGCAUCGCCACGUCAUGCCUAAAUUGCACCAAAAUCAUCAUAAUCAUCACCACCACCCAAGCCCGGACGCUGGAAAGAAUCACCGGGGUAACAGUAGUGGUGGUGGUGGUGGUGGUGGCUUCGUGGCUACGGCGACGCAGCUCAACUCGUACGAGGACCAGGAGAACGGCAAUCUCUCGUGGCUCCUGGACUUUAAGCUCGACUCGUUCAUCGAGGCACCCGAGGACAAGUCGACUGUUUCGCUCACCAGGGACUUUCAGGGCGCCAACAGAACAAAAUUCAACGGCAAACCAGGAGCCCCGGAGCCGGCGGUGGUGCAAAAAUCGUGCAACAAUAACGAGGCGGUGUCGACGGCGACGACGACGACGACAGUGUGCGAUGGGGCGCACCCGCCUAGUGUGCCGUGUCCCGGUGGUGCGACGGCGGACCACAGGAACCUUCCGGCCACGGGUCCGAAGAAGCCGCCCUUCACCUACACCGAGCUGAUAGAGCACGCGCUGCAGGAGCGCGGUGAACUCACCGUGUCGGCCAUCUACCAGUGGAUCUCAGAACGCUUUCCAUACUACAAAAGCAACGACGACCGAUGGAAGAACUCGGUGCGGCACAAUUUGUCGAUAAAUCCCCACUUCCGCAAAGGCUCGAAGGCACCGCACGGCGCGGGCCAUUUGUGGGCGAUAGCCAGCCAGGACGAGUCCAAGCCUCGUCAGUUGUUCAGCAUCGCCGCCAUCAGACAGGCAUUGAGGAACGAGGAAGCGGCCGCUGCCGCGGCCAAGGCCAACAAGCCAGAGCCAAUAGACGAGGUGGCCGCAGCGACGGCCAGCAUAAGCCAGCCCGUCGAGGAAGACCCGGAGGAGGAGGAGAACGACCUUGUGGACGCGAUAACUCUUGAGCAUUGCGCCGAGCAGAUUCUCAGUGGCAUCAAGAAGGAAGUCGAGGUGCAGUACCUCGUGCCGAUGAUGGUCUCGAGUAACGGGGACCUUCUGCACAAUCAGCAAUCGUCCGGCCAAGCUGGGCCGACGCACCACCUCACGCAACUCGUGGACUCGCUCUGCCCCAUCAAGGAGACGGACUUCUUGAACCCCGUGUCGAAGGAAGUGGUGGCCGAGGAGUGCGGCCUCCUGGGUGAAGGCUACCUGGUCACAGACUUGAACCCGACAUCUCUUGGACUCAACAUGGCCGAGUCGGAGGUCGUCAGCUCGGACAAUCUCUUCGGCGAGGAGCUGAGUUUUCAGUUCUACGAGUUCGCCACGGCAGCCUCGUCCCAACUCCAGUCCGCCUGACGGCAUCGCAAGUCACCCUCCGAAUCGUCAUCGUCCUCCU